AUGGUGACUGGAGAGUGCACAUUUGAGAUCAAGACACUUUAUCCUGAGUGUACCUGCCCCCUAUCAUUUAAAAAUGGGCAAGUUACAUCAGCCUAUGUGGCGAAGAGGUAUUUGGAGGAUUUUGGUAAGAAUCCUAAUUGGGAGGCCUUAGGUAUUAAGCACCAUGUGAUGCAGAAGAUUUCAGUUGAUUUAAGUCUUAGUCAAGUGUAUAGAUCAAGGAAGGCAGCUAGGGGGUUGAUUACUGGGGAUGAAGAGGCUCAGUAUGGCCUACUUAGAGAUUAUGCAGAAAUGAUAUUAAGGACAGAUGUAGGAAGUAGGGUGAUUCUGCAAACAGAGAUGGAAAAUGAGAAUGCAGAGCCCAAGUUUAAAAGGAUGUACAUUAGGUACAAUACUCAGAAGGAUGGAAAUGACAAUAUAUUCCCACUGGCAAUGGCUAUGGUUAAGCAAGAGAACAAGGAUAGCUGGACCUGGUUCUUGGAGCAGUUUGCUGAUGACAUUGGCAGACCAGAUGAGCUCAAUUUGGUAUUCAUCAGUGACAGGCAGAAGGGCCUUUUACCUACAAUUGAGACUCUAUUCCCAAUUGUGGAGCACAGGUAUUGUGUGAAGCACAUAUACAACAACUUCAAAGUUAACCAUAAGGGCAUGGAGUUGAAGAGUGUACUGUGGAGGUGUGCUGGCACAACAUCAGCCAGGGAAUUUGAGAGAGGGAUGGACCAUCUUAAGAGUUUGAAUGAAGAAGCUUGGCAGUACCUGGCUGAUAUAGAGCCUGCACAGUGGACCAGAUCCCACUUUUCUUCAAGAGCUUUGACAGAUUGUAUGGUAAACAAUCUGAGUGAGAGUUUUAACUCUAUGAUUUUGAAGGCUAGAGACAAGCCCAUCUUAUCAAUGCUGGAGUGGAUCAGAGUUAGGCUUAUGAGCAGGCUGUAUAUAAAGAAGGCUGGCAUAGAAAAGUAUGAUGGCAAUUUGUGUCCAAGCAUACAAAAGAAGUUGGAGCAGUUAAAAUUAGAGUGUAAGAGUUUCAGUGCAGUUCCUUCUGGGAGGUUUGUGUAUGAGGUUGACAAUGGGAGGGAAAGGCAUGUGGUGGACUUGGUAAAUAGGACAUGUAGUUGUAGAGUAUGGGACUUGACAGGAAUCCCUUGCAAGCAUGGAGUUGCAGCCAUUUUUGUGAAUCGUGAGAAACCAGAAGACUACACCCAUCCAUGCUACUACAAGGAUGCUUAUGUGGAGACAUACAAGACACCCAUACCUCCCAUGCCUGGCCAGUCUGAGUGGAUGUCAAGUGGCCAACCCAAGCCUGUUGCAUCUACUGUCUAUAAGCCACCAGGCCAGUGA